UGGAGGGUUGGCCCAGUGACUCCCCCGACGCAACGCAUCUUCGACGCCGUCCUCCGUCGCCGGAGGGAGCCCGCGCGGAUGCGUCCUCCGCCGCUUCCGCUCUCCUCGCCAUGCCGCAACAGCGUCUGCUUCCUCCUCCUGAUCACCCUCUUCCUGCUCUCCACCGCGCGCAGCAGCCUGGAAGAGGGGGAGAAGGAAGCAAGGGCACUUCGCGUCGGAGAUGAGCUGGUGGGCGAGACGAUGCCGCUCCGCCACGGCCGGAGGCUCUACAUGCUCGCCGGGCUGCGGCCGCCCGCGUGGUACGAAGUCAAGAUCUCCUACCCGGCCUCUGUGCCGUCCAGCUUCUCGAUUCGGCUCGUGAACGAUCCUGGUGCUGUGGAGGAUUGGGGGAGCAAGAACAGGAGGUUGCUCAACACGGAGAAGAUCAUUUUCAAGGCAGAGAACACCAAGCCGGUUUAUGUUCUUGUCACGGUGGAGCCUGAGGGUGUGGUUGCAAAGCCAAAUGUGCCGGAGAGAGAGCUUGCCCUGUUCAAUAUUGUUUGUGACGAACUCUUGCUCGGGAUCCCGCACUUUGCCUGGUCGGUUGGAAUUGCCGCGCUAUUUUGCAUCGUGCUGGCGUCACUGCUACCAUAUUUCCUCCCGCUGCACAGGCUACUUAACUACGAAGCGGCAGAGCUGGGCGACGUUGACUCAGCUAAGCUUUCGUGAUGGACUGAAUCCACGCCGCGUACGAAUGUUCAGUUUUGCAUAGCAGGCUAGUGUACAUGUAUCUUGUUUUCUAUUUGACUUGUAUCAGACGCAGUUGUACAAGCAUCUGGUCUGAUGGUGACUUGCAAUUGCAACCCUAGCUAGAGUUCAAUGCUAGUAGUAGAUAACAUAAUAUCUCGUUUCAAUCAUGUACGGCCGCCUCAUCAAUGAAUUAAAUUUUGGUUUCA